CAGGCCUGGGCCUCGGCUGGGGGCCCAAGUCUGGGCCCUGCCCGCUGCGUGCCGCGGGGGCGGCGCCGGGCCCAGCGCAGAGGCGGCCGGGGGCAGAGGAGCGGCCCCUCUGCGGGAAGCCCCGCCGCUGGCCCUUGAACCCGGGCGCCGUGCCGAACCCAGCUGCGCUGAGCCAUGGCGGCGGCGGGGCAGAACCUGGCUGUGGUGGUGCACAAAGCCGGCGACCUGCGCCUGGAAAACCGUCCCAUCCCAGAACCGGGUCCCAAUGAGGUCCUCCUGCGGAUGCAUUCUGUUGGGAUCUGUGGGUCUGAUGUUCACUACUGGCAGCAUGGUCGAAUUGGAGACUUUGUGGUGAAGGACCCCAUAGUGUUGGGGCACGAAGCUUCUGGGACUGUCAUCCAAGUGGGAUCAGGGGUGACUCAUCUGAAGCCAGGUGAUCGUGUGGCCAUCGAGCCUGGUGUCCCGAGAGAAGUGGAUGAGUUCUGUAAAACUGGGCGCUAUAACCUGUCCCCAACCGUCUUCUUCUGCGCGACGCCUCCUGAUAACGGCAAUCUGUGCCGCUACUACAAGCACAAUGCCAGCUACUGCUACAAGCUUCCGGACAAUGUCACUUUCGAAGAAGGAGCCCUUAUUGAGCCCCUGUCGGUGGGAAUCCACGCCUGCAGAAGAGCAGGAGUCACUCUGGGAAGCAAAGUCUUUGUGUCUGGCUCUGGACCAAUUGGCCUUGUUAAUGUGCUUGUGGCUAAGUUGAUGGGUGCGUCAGCUGUGGUAGUUACAGAUCUGUCUGCCUCCCGCCUGCAAAAAGCCAAGGAGGUGGGGGCAGACUUCACCAUUCAGGUGAAGAACAACACCCCCCAGGAGUUGGCCUCCAAAGUGGAAAGCCUGCUUGGCUGCAUGCCUGAGAUAACUGUGGAGUGCACAGGAGUGCAGGCCUGCAUCCAGACUGCCAUUUAUGCAACUCGUUCUGGCGGGACCGUGGUGCUGGUGGGCUUGGGAUCGGAGAUGAUAACUGUGCCCAUCAUUAAUGCGGUGGCACGGGAGGUGGAUAUCCGAGGGAUAUUCCGCUACUGCAACACGUGGCCUGUGGCAAUCUCUCUGCUGGCAUCCAAGAAGAUAAACGUCAAGCCCUUGGUCACGCACCGCUUCCCCCUGGAAAAGGCUCUUGAGGCAUUUGAGACCACAAAGAGGGGCGAGGGGGUGAAAAUCAUGCUGAAGUGUGACCCCACAGACAACAGCCCCUGAGCUGUCACAGAGCCAGCCCUCUCCCCUAUUAUACUCCUGUCUGGGAUAUGUUCACACAGUCAUCUUAGACAGGCACUGCUUUGUGAUAUAUAGGGCUAGAAAAUCAAGCGCUAAUGAGGGGGAUUGGCACUGAGGGAUGCACCAUUAGAGAAUUAACAGAUAACCACCAAUGGAGAACCAAUAGGGAAUAGUUUGAAUCAAGCUGCUGCUGUUUGGUUAGAGGUGAUGGUUGGCAUGGUGUGCUUUCCUCCAGCAGGCCCAUGCACACAGAGCUGCCAUCUCGGCCUCUGUGGGGAGGGCUGCCUGCAUGGCCAUGGGGCUGUGCUGAGGGAGGGUGUCACUGGCCACGGGGUGACUUGCCCACCCCAGCACUGCCCUGGGCUCUGCUUUCCGCAGCUCUUCCCUGGGGCUGCCACUGCCUUCCAGCCACACCAUCCCCGCCCGGGCACUCAGGGAGGGUCACAGCCUGUGGACUGUGGAGCAAAGCCAAGGCUGCCCAGCCCACCUCUAUGGCAAGCACUGCACAUUUGGGUUCUCUGCCCUAGUCUGCUGUUUGCAAAGACCUUGGCCCAGAGUUCAGAGCCUGGGGCCUUCCUGAAGAAGCUAAUCCAUCUGCUGGCUGGGACCACGUACGCUAUGCCACCUCCCCAGCAGCUCCCUGUGGGGAGGACCGCUGCAGGGCAGGCCGCCUUGUGCUUGCAGGGAAACUGCCCUGGCUCAGACAGGGUUUGUAGAGCCCUACCCUCACAUGGCCCCCAGGAGGGGUUGCUGUAGGGGUGCACAACUCACUUUUAGCAGGGAGGGGAGCACAGGGAACAGCAUCACUCAAAGGUUUUACCACUGCUAAUCAAUUGUAACUUUUCAGGGAUAUCCUUCCUGCCGAGUUUGAUAGCCAAGGGGUAUCAAGGCAGCAACAAGGCAGCAGGUUGCGGGCAAGAAAAUUGAACCUUUGAUUACAGUCAUAUUAAUUAUAGAAUUGAGAAAUCUGUCCCUUUCUUGGGCUGGUACUGAACCUUCCUCAAUAAAUGUUAC